GAGAUUUUUGGUUCUGUUGAAAAAAAUGAGACAGAGAGAGAGAUACAGUGGCAACUCUGAUCACAUAACUUUCAAUUACCCAUUCAAUCAAUUGAGGAUUCAAUCGUUCAAAUUAUUCCAUAGAUCUAUAUAAUUCAUCAAUGUCAACUGUUAAAUCGAUUAAAUUCAACGCCGGAAAGGUUCAAUAUGAUGAUAAUACUCAUCGUUGUACUCCUCUAGCUCAUAAAGGUGUCAUAAGUAUAAAGGCAAAUCCUGAAGAACCAGAAUUAUUUGAUUUUGUUUGGAGUCCAAAAGGUGAUGUUACAGUGGCUGGGAAUGUACCAGAAAAGGAAAAUUUAUUAUUAAUGCCAGGAGAUGUUAGUUUUAAGCAUAUUAAAUCCUGUCAAACUGGUCGAGUUUUCGCUUUAACAUUUUUUAGUUCUGGUGCUAAAUAUUUAUAUUGGUUACAAGAUGUAGGUGAUAUAGAUCAAGUUGAUCAAUUAACUCAAAAAGAUAUAAAUUUAGCCAAAUCUGUCAAUGAUUUAAUAUCGAUGAAAUAUGAUGAAGAAGAAGAUGAUGAAGAGGAGGAAGAGCAAGAACCAGAUCAAGAAUCUAAAGAAACUGGAGAACAAUCAUCAGCUGCAGCUGAUGAAGAACCAAAGUCUGAAGAUUCAAUUCCACAUUUUGAUACAGUACCUGUAGGAUCUAGUCGAUUAAAGAAUUAUAAAACACCAAUUGGGAAGAUUUCUGAUUUUAUAACUUUGGAUAUUAUUGAGAAACAUCUUGCAGGUUUAAGUCAAGAUCAAAUCAAAGAAUUAUAUGGUGAAUAUAUUCCUUCAACAGGAGGUGAUUUAAUGAAUGUUAUAAGAAGUGCAUUUUAUCAACAAUGCACCCAAAGACUAUCUCAUCUGUUAAUUAAUGAUGAUGGAGCUGGAUGGUUAUUUGCUCAAAGUUUGAAAUAUGAUUUUGAAGGUGAAGGAAUUAAUUAUUUUUUAAAAGGUAUUAGAAAACUUGGUGAACAAGAAAAGGAAGAAGAAAGAUUGGGUUAUGCUGCUACGAAAAAGAGAGAAGAAGAAGAUGACGAUGAUAUUGAAGAUGAUAUUUAAUGAAUGAUUAAUAGCAUGAAAUAGAAUAGUAAAGUUUAUAGAAAAAUACAUGGUAAAAAUGAAUGAUAUAUAUCUAU